AUGACGCUGUCGUGUUUUACGACGAAUUUAAUGGGACGCAGUUCAAUAGCUUGGAACCAAACCGGUGUAGAUUGCUGUUUGUGGACAAGAUCGAAUGUGCGUCCGAAGGACGAAGUAGCAACACUGUGCUCGAGUUCGGCGACGUCAAGUGAUGGAGCUGGUUCAUCAACCUGCCUCACUGAACUGCCCACAUGUGCUGUGUGUUUGGAACGCAUGGAUGAUAGCGUAGUUUCCAUCCUUUGCAAUCAUACGUUUCAUGCUGGCUGCAUUGAACAGUGGACUGACACCACGGUUCUUCACCUUCCACUGACCAGAGACUCUCAAGUCCUGUUCUUCGCCUACAUUGUCGGUGAUACUUGGGAAACUCGCGAA